AAUGGAGUUUUUCUUACAGGUUCAGGCAAGUCAUUACUGAGUGGUCGAUUGGUGAGAUAUAUGCGUGUACCAAUCCUUCCUGUGGUGUGGAGAACAUAACAUGGAAGUUGAGAACAGUGCACAGACGAUAUGGUAACUCUAUUGUGUGAGGCUAGUGGAGAUAACGCCCCCACCAUGGCCGGAGGCUUUCCCCGCAGUUGUUCCUGGUCCGUCACACCCGCCACUCCGCCUGUGGCCACCCUCUCGCCCCCGGAGCUGCCCCCACAAGCCAGGGAAGGCGGCCAUCGCAGCAGGUGUUACAAUGAUAUCUUCGAAAAACGUGCCAGUGUAUCGAUGGUAAUGAGCGCUCUCCGAAGCCCCACUCGCCCAGAAACUCACAUUCCACGUGCAGACCGCAGCCCACGCCGCUCUUUGGGGGCAGUAUGGCGCGUCUCAUCUUCCAGCCCCGCACGCCAGCUGGGAGCUUGGUUGGGACGAAGGCCGCGUUCUUUCGCCGGUACAGAAGACACUGGAGGGAGCCUAUACAUAAGUGGCCAGACUCUAGCGCCGCCUACAUCGCCCGUGCCAUCACUGUGUUCCUCCUCUCCGGAACUGCCGUCGCCUCUUGAUGUGUCUGGCGGUCAACACCAUUACGGCGGGUCGGCCAGCACGGCUGCAUGUCUCAGUAGCAGUCCGUCUGCCACCUCCCUGGCCGCUCUCACAAAGACUAUUGCCCCGCGGCGGCCAACUCGUUUGGUCAUUAGUGGGCGCGCGCGGCCUCGUCGCCCCUAUCAUACGCCGUGUGUUACAAGGUUGUGCAAUGUGACAGUGACUCGGCUACAAGUAACACUGCCCCUUGGAGGCGACCUGAACUCUGUUACCCUUGCCGUCAAGAUGCAGUCUUCUAAGAGAACUCUUCGCUCAAAUGAAAUCCCUGUCCCUCCCAGUGGCACCCUUGACACAGAACUCCAGCUCACCUUCUCCCUACAGUACCCACAUUUCCUGAAGCGAGAAGGCAAUACUUUGCAAAUAAUGCUACAACGGCGCAAAAAAUACAAAAAUCGUGCAUUUCUCGGGUUCAAAACUCUAGCUGUUGGAAUAAUCAACAUGUCUCAGGUUUUGCAGCGCCCUGUUGACCGUGACCUAGAGCUGUACAGUGAGGGCAAGGAGAAGGGCUCCCCGCUAGCCAAAGUCACAAUGGUGUCCCUCUCCUCACAGCCUGUCGAUACAGAUGAACCCGGGGAAAGAACAAAAUCCUUCAUGGCUGAUAAUCCUGAUCGGUCAGUGGAUCUUGUGGAAGUCUACAGCGAUGAUGAUGAAGAUUAUAGUUCACAAGAUGAAGGAAGCGAUUCUGAACCCAUUCUUGAAGGCGAAACAAGACGGUCACACCACCACCAUCACCACCAUCACUUGAGAUCAAACACUCGUUCUAAAAGCUUACCUCCAAAUGCUCGACAACGAAAUCUGAAACAAAGGUUUAUUGCUUUGCUCAAGAGAUUUAAAGUUCCUGAGGCCUUUGAACAAGAUCAAGAGUUGGAUCCUAGAACUGGUGCUGAAGUAGAUGAAGCUGAAAUUGAAGAUUUGUUUGAUGAACUGGAAGGUCUAAGUGACUCUGGACCAGAAGUUGACACAAUCUCCAUCACCUCCACCCCCAAGCCCUCACUCCGGCCAUACUUCUCCUCCUCUCGGUCCUUGCUUAAUGAAGGUUAGUAGAAAGGUGCAUGGGCUGUGUGUGGAAAGGAAAUUUGUGAAAACUGUGCACAGAACUGCUAAGGAAAGAUAAUAAUGCAACUAUGUCUUGGGCCAUUUGUAUUAACUAUGAGUUUAUAAUGGUUGGGGCAAAAAUGAAUAACAAAUUAGCUGCUGCAAAAUUACACCUGUCUCUUCUUGUUUUAAAUCAAUGUUUUAGAAAUAUCACUUUGAUAUUUAGGAAGAGUAUUGGUUCAUCACUACAAAUCAUCUCACCGUUGAAAAGGAUUUUUUUUCAAUAUGAUUUUCUUAUAUUCUUAUGAAGAUGAUGAGUGACACAGUGUGUUCUUUGAUGUUCAGUGUUGUGUUGAACUUCACUAAAGCUGCAUUGUCACUG